AUGGAAUCCUCAAUCACUCUUUUUCAUAUCCCCGAUUAUGUUAAUGAAGUAAUCUCUCACUUGUUCGAUGAUCGUAAAGCACUUUUCUCAUGUGCUUUAGUUAGUCGAUUAUGGUGUAGAUCAGUUAUUCCUCUGCUAUGGAGUAAUGUCUUUAACAAUUACCUAUUUCAUAAUAAUAAAGAAAUAAAAAUUAUUCACACUUAUGUAAAAUGUCUCCCAGAAAUUCAAAAGUUAACCUUGAUAAACAAUAAUAUAAAUCUUCAAGAUUUAAAACCAGCACUAUUUGAUUAUCCGAAGUAUUUGCGGGUUUUGAAUUGUCUUGAUUUCGAUAAUGCGUUAUAUUCUUGGUACAAUGCGACCAUUAAACCUGGUAUUGAUAUUACAGAAUUUCAAAACACAUUUCUUCAUUGUAAUUUAAUAAUUAGUCAAUAUAUCUUAAGUCAUUCUGCUGGUUUAAAUACAUUACACCUAAGUCAUCAUUAUACACCUAAUAGAAGCUGUUUUAUGCAUAUUCCUUUAGAACCAUCAUUAAAAGAGAUUUGGCAUGCAUUUUCAAAAUUAACUGAAUUAAAUAUAAAUUUCCCUGUAAAUACAUUAAAUAUUUCAUUACUUUAUGAAAAAUUAUCUUUACAUUCCCAUAAUAUUCGAAAAAUUAAUAUCACUUCACUGGGUACAUAUUUAUUUUAUCAACCCGAAACUUGUAAUCAUUUAUUCCGGUUGAUCAAUUCUCAACGUAACCUUCAAUCACUUACCGUUUUCUUUUCUUGGCCUAAUUCUCAAUCACCUUUAUUUUUUUCCUCUCUUUCAAGUCAAUUUCAUUCUUUAAGACAUCUUGAAAUCACUGAUUUUUACGACAUUUCUCUUUUAAUCAAAUCUUACUUAUCAUCCUUUAAUUUAGAUACCUUGAAACUUUCUUAUUGUUAUAAACUAAAUUUACGAUUAGAUCCAGGUCCUCUACCAAUUUUAUCCUCCGAAUCACAAUUUCAGAUUAAAAGCCUAAAGAUCUCUGGAGCUCAUUAUUCUGCACUUAAUCCAUUUUUUUCUUUAAUUAUUAAAAUGGCCGGAUCAAAUUUGCAAAAGUUAUUUUUUAAUGGCUGUGAUAUAGCCUUAAUAAAUACAAUUGCAGAAUAUAGUUCAAACCUUACUCACCUUUCAACAAUAAUCAAUUACUCAAUAUUUGAAAACUUUUUACAAGCACUUUUAAGUUUAAAAAAACUUAAAUACUUGGAAAUAAAAAAAUCAAGAAAUGAUAGGAAACUUACUUCAAGAAUGAUUUCACAAUUUGCCAAAGCAAUUCCUAAUACUCUUGAAGAAUUAAAUUUUGAUUUAAAAACUCCUCGUAAUAUUUUUGAAAAUGGGCUUAAUUUAACUGAUCAAGGACAUUUAUACGUAUUUUUAAAUGAUUUUAAUAUUCCUUUAUUAAAAUUAACAAUUCAUAUGUUUGAACUAAAUAAUGAAUCUUUAAGUUUUAUAAUAGAUUAUGCUCUUAGAAUUAGAAGCUUGAAAGAGUUAUGUUACGAUGCUGAAGGAAGGUUUACACGUGAUUUUUUAUUAAAAGCAGAGAAGGUUAUACCUAUAAUUACUGAUAUUACUGAAAAUCCUUGA